CGUAAUCAUGGCUAUCGACGGGCUCAUUAUUCUCGACAACACAGGACGCGCGAUCGCCCAGUCCGGUUUCCACUCGUUUCCGCCGGCAUAUCCGCUGCUACACAUCGACGCGCUAAAUGUUACACUCGCGAGCUCGUCGCGUCUGGAGGAUGUGGACCCGGUCUUGUACGUCACGGGCUUGGACACCCCGAGCGCGUGCUGCCAUAUCAGGCGCGGGGAACUGCGGUAUUUGUGCCCUGUGAGCGGAGAUGUUGACCCGCUGUACGCCUUUGCAUUCCUGCAAACAUUCGUCGACAUCCUACGAGAAUACUUCGGGCACGUCUCGGCGGAAACUUUGAGGGAGAACUUCGAUGUGGUGUACCAGCUCUUUGAAGAGACAUUGGACUCCGGAGGUCACCCCCUUACCACAUCGCCGAAUGCGCUGCGAGAUAUUGUGCUGCCUCCAUCGCUUCUCCACAAAGUGCUCUCCGUCGCAGGAGUCUCUGGUUUGGCUACCACAUCCUCUAACUCACAUCCAUUUGCGUCUCCUAUCCCUUGGCGGAAAGCAGGCGUCCGCUAUAACAACAACGAGAUAUUCUUUGACGUCAUAGAGACAUUAGACGCCAUUGUGAACAAAAACGGAACGACCGCGGUGAGCACAGUAUGGGGACGGGUAGAGUCCACCUGCAAACUUUCCGGCACCCCGGAUCUCGCCCUCACAUUCUCGAACGCAUCGACAUUAAUCGACUGUUCGUUCCACCCCUGUAUUCGACUGCAGCGCUGGGCACGAGACAAAGUGCUCUCCUUCGUUCCGCCAGAUGGAAAGUUCAAGCUUAUGGAAUACCGCUAUGCGCCCGUCUCGGCGAGCUCGCUGAACCAGGUCUCGGUGCCCUUCAUUCUGCGGCCGGCCGUGAAGGUCGAUGAUCACGGAGGCUCCAUAGACGUUACGUUCAGCUCACGCUUGACGACCCGCACGAUGGACAACGUGUUCGUAGAGCUGUACCUGGGUGAAGGCGCGACGGGGGCCAGCUGUAUCGUGUCGCACAACGCGUCAUGGAGCUUCAACCCUAAAACACAGACAUUGGUGUGGGAACUGAAGGCAGUCGUCCCAUCCGCUAACUAUACCCUGAGAGGCUCGUUCACAUCAGCCGCGGAGACACCACGACCGUCUCGCGCCUUCCAAGUGAAGUUCGGCAUCCCACAGCACAAUUUCUCGGCCCUAAAGAUCGAGCAGCUGAAACUCACCGGUGAGGCCUACAAACCAUACAAGGGCAUGCGGGGUAGCUCGCAAGGCAACAUUGAGUGGCGAUGGUAG